AAGAUGAUUUUCCAGAAAACACAUCAAAGAGUGUUGCAUCGGGGCAGCAGACAGUUAUAGAAAUAAAAGUUCCGGACAGAUGUGCUUCAUUUAUUAUUGGUAGAGAUGGGGCAAACAUCAGACAGCUGCAAGCAGAUACGGGAGCUAAGAUCAACUUCCAAGAUCGAGAACAGAAGGGGCAGGAGGAGAGGGGCAGCAGUCGUAUUGUGAAAAUAAGGGGAAAACUAGAAAACGUUUUAUUAGCUGAAAGACUCGUUCGCAAGUGUAUUGAAUCUGCACCAAUCAUUAACACAGUUGAGAUUCUAAUUCCACAAAAAUAUAUUGGAAAAAUUAUAGGCCGUAGCGGUAAAAAUAUACGCAGCUUGACUCAGAUGAGUCAAGCGAAGAUCACAAUUCAAAGAGAUGAAGAUGAUAACAGAAUGCAAACACAAAUAUGCACAAUAAUUGGAACAGAUGAACAAAUAGCAUUUGCAAAGUCGUUAAUUGAUGAAGAGAUACGAAACGAGGAUGAGUAUAUCAAACGCAGAGAACUAGCCUCUCAGGACCGAAAACCACGCGGUAGCAAAGUAAACAGUCCCGCUGACGACGUCAACUACAAGUUAGACCAACCUGUUAAACAACCAAAGAGUGUAAUGUCACCUGAACCAGACUCACGCUUGAUGCCAUUACCAGAUCACAGUGAUUAUUUUGCAAUCUUUGUCUCGGCUGUGGAACAUCCCGGUCACUUUUGGAUACAGAUUCUUGGCAGUCCCAGCAAGGCCCUCGACCUAGACAUCCUUAUGCAAUCAAUGACCGAAUAUUUUUCCAAGGGGGUCGAUAAUGAGGUGAGCCAGAUUUUCUAAAUGAUAACUUGUUUG